AUGCAAUUGAAUGGAGUUUUGAAUCCUUUGUUAAAUGUCAGUCGUAUUAAAAAAAAAAUAUAAUUUGAUUUAGUGCUCAUUGUUGAAAGGUGUUUUGUUGAAAAUAUUCAUCAAACGAGCACGUUCAGUGUCUUUAUGAUCUUUCGAAGCAAGUCAUAUUUUUUUGGUAACUGUACACACAGCUGGCACUAGACUACCCACAUUUCGACAGUAAGGUUUUCGAAGGACGACAUUUUUUUUCUUCAGAAAAACUUUUAGAUGUCAGAGAGGUCAUUGAAAAGUACGGUUUUUCACUUUGAUCAGUCUCAGAUGAAUUAUAGCAAAACAAAUUCGCAACAUACAUACUCAAAAGAACUCCAAAUUUCCAAGUGACAGGAACGGAGAAUAAUUGUAUUAUCUAGAAGCAGGAAGUUGCUGCGGAGUAUUUGAUAAAAUAUGAGUACCGUCUCAUUCUCAAAAAGCUUAUCAAAAAAAUCAUGCUACUUCUCUUUUAUAAGUCUGGCACCUGAGGCUCCAUGGUGGGGGGAGAGGGGAUGAAGAUGAAAAGAAGAAAAGAGACUCUAAAUUAACUCACUAUUGCCCAAUAAAUUACUGCACAUUUUGCAAACUUUUGCUUACUUUUACUCUGACUUACUUUAAUUCUGAACCUAGGACGACUGAAAGGGCCGGGCACCUUCUGCGUAUCUUGUUCCCUUUUUUGACUGGUGAUAACUUAAAAUUAAAGCUUUGUGAACGAAAUUGGAUUUUUCUAAAGCAGUUCUAAUGAAAGCGAAAAAGGAAUCAAUAGAAUGGCUUUGUUUAAGUGAGUCAUAUGCCGAAGAGCCGGGAGUUUGAGUAUCGCUGGGUUUGAAGUGAGUGCUAGUAUGAGUUAGUAUGUCUUGUCUCGAAGCCCAAAGGCAGAAUAACCAAAUCUUCAUAUAUAUAUAUAUACGUGCUAUAAAGUUUACGAGUCAACCCCUUUCUAAUUUGAUUUAUUCUAAAAAUAUAAUUUCCGUGAAAAACUCUUCUUUGUCCCUUCACCGUUUGCCUUUGAACAUUUCGUGUCCUCCGUUCCUCCAUUACACCCAAGGGGAACUUGUGUCUAGUUAAUAUGGAGUUACUAUAAACUAGUGCCAAAACCACAAUUAAACAAGCAAACAAACAAACGAAAAUUAAUUUUUGGUAAAUUGUAAUUUAAAUCUUAAUCUAAACGGACGUGCAGGGUAAUCUAUUGGUAAUAAUUCUAAUUUGUUAGAAGAUGUCAAUUUAAAGCGUUCCUUUUGCCAUUAUUUCUGCCUUUUGGUAGUCCUCAGAAAAUGACAAAUCCAAUAAAUUCAAUGGAGCAAUUACGCUUAAAAAUGGGAAAGACAGUCAAUUGUUUUUUUUUUAAAUGCAAAUGAAGGUUUGUCUAAUGAUAAUUGUGAAAAAAAAAAAAAAUUCAGUCUUUAGAACAAGCAUAUCCAACUCUUUAAUAUUCUUUGAGCUCAAGCAAAGAAAAAUCGGUCACUUAUUUCAUGAUAAGCUUAGAGAUAGAAAGAGCCAGGAUUUUGUGAAGGCAAUUUCUACAUAUACACUUUAUUUGUACUUGACUGGAUCAUGAACAAAUUCAUCUCUGGGUCUACAGUGAAAAUAUUCUAAAAAUAUUCAGAAUUCUCAAAGUGAAAUAAAGCAAAACAGUUUUUUCCUACAAAUAUUUUCUGCGUCAAAGGCACCAACUUGAAGGUGACUGCCGUGUUACCCCCCAAAAAAAAAAAAAAAAAAAAAAAAGAAAAAAAGAAAAAGAAACUGUCAUUGGUAAUUCUGAUUUUUAAUGAUCAAUUAAACGCGUUCCCCUUGUCUUUAUUUAUGCGUUGCGGCAGUACUUGCCAAAAAUAACAAAUCCAUUUAAUUCUUUGAAGCGAUUAGUAAUACGUAUAUUCUUAAAUAAAAUGCAGAAAGCAGCAAAAAAUGUCAAUUUUGUGGUGAUUUAUGUGUCUUUAGAGCAAGGAUCCCCAACGCUUUUUGUAUCAGAAUACUGCAAGGAAUAUGCCCUUUGCACACAAAGAAAAAUUAAUUAUUUUAUGAUGAAAUACUGGAUAGAGAGAGCUAGGAUUUUGUAGGGAAAAAAAUUGGGAUACGUGUUAACGAAUUUCUUGCUACGCAUUAAAUGACGUAGAAAAUAGUGAAAAACUGUUUGCAGAAUGUGUCGGCAGGUGUUUUAAUGUUAACCAUUCCCAUUUUUAUCUAUUCAAAAUACCUUUCAAUCAACCAAUUUCUCUUAAUGGACAGUCCAGCAAUACUUAACUAAAGACGCUUUCAAGAUUCAGUUGCCAACUAUAUAAGAGACAUCGAGAAUACUUAGCAUCAGCUAAUAUCAGCCUGACAUCAGUUACUUGAGGGAAAGACAUAAUACGUGAACACUAACUGAAGAACCGUUAUAAGGAAACAUAUCCCGAGUCACGGUAAAACCAUGAUGUCCUUUUUAAUAACCAAAUUUGCAUUGUUCUUUUUUGGUCUACGGCAAAUUUAUAAAAAAUAAUAUUAUUUUUAACCGAUAUCCUUAACAAGAGAGAGAGAAUUAAAAAGGGAGAGAGAGAAUGAAUUUAAAGCAGUUAUUGCACGAUUGUACAGGUCUUUUUCCCCUGCAACUGAUUAUUGGGAAGGAGGAAGGGAAAUUUGUAAAAAGAGGUUACAGUAUGUGUGGGCCGGUUUUUUUACGUGAAUAAUUCCCAUAUAUUUUUAUUAUUAUAAUUGCUUCUUUACUAACCCAAAAGCCUUAUGCAUCAGUCCAUGCCAAUAUUGGGAAGUGAACUUAUCAAGAAGCCUUUCACAACGUCGCUUGUUAAAACAGUUUAAGUUAGAUCUAUUCUCGGUUUGAUCGACAUUGCUUAUUCUAUCAAGCUAUUAAAAGUUUUGCUGCGACAGCAACGAUUUAUGAUCACCAAUUGAAGAACUUUAUGAGAAAACCCGCCUACAGAAUUAAAGUAAAAACCAUGGUCUCUUGUUUUACUUUUCGUACGUUUAUUCUCAUUUAACCACCAUGCAAAUGUCAAAGCUUAGUAUAAAGAGGGUAAACGUGGACUAUGUUGUGGCUGUUGCAAUAAGUUUUUAUUUUGUUAUUAUAUUUUCUUUCCUUUCUUUCAUGUUCUUUUUGGAAUCAUGCGAGACAAGCGAAAACUGAGUAUGCGGUAACAAAAUUUAAUUUUAUUAAUUUUUGAUGGUAACAUAAUACGAAACCGAAAGCAAGUUGUCCUUACCGUAUGCGAGUUUCUCGCAAUUUUUGCUAAACGUAUAAAAAUGACUCAGUAUUUAAUUUUGCUCAAACAAGGUUCGAAUAUUAUCAGUUAUAACUCUCAACAAAGAUCUAAUGUAAGCAGGAGUUUCUUAUUCAUAAAAAAAACGCUCAGUAUCGCGCGGGUGUCCUUUAACGAACCAAGGUUACCCAAAAAUACGCUCGGAAUUAAUGGAAUUGUCUUUUUUUGUUUUUAAAUUUCAGGUUUGAACGAUGGCUGCGCACAACUCUAGCCGGUUUUGCUACCAAGAUUGCCUGAUUGCUGGCCUUUCAAUCGAUACCCAACUCCAGUUACUGAACAUUAGCAAAUACGUUUUCGGUCCUCUGAAUCUUAUUCUGGCCUUUUCGUCAUUUGUCUUAAAUACGCUUGUUAUCAUAGCUGUUGCACGAACCAAAUCCCUUCAAUAUCCCGCGAUGUUUAUGAUAUGCAGUUUGGCAGUGACUGACACAAUUUUUCCUGUGUAUUUCAUGCACAGAUUCGUAGAAUUAUCCACAUACGAACGCUUCACGUGUCGAAACGUGCAGCCUAGGCCUGUUGAAUCUGCCUUCAGUGCUCUUUGUGUCCAAGCCACACUCGGUAACCUGGCAGUUAUCAGUAGAGAUCGCUAUUUGGCAGUGCGAAGUCCUUGGUGGUAUCGCAAUCACAUGACAAAAUCACGUGCUUUUAAGGUAGUAUGCACACCGUGGUGCAUCAGUGUGGUUAGUGCAGUUGCGAUCUUCUUAUCAGGAACUUUUGGUGGCAUUUACAAACCUUUGGCACAAACUUUAACGCUAGUUCUUUUCGCUAUUUACGUAAUUAUCAUAAUGUUCUGUUAUCUUCGCAUUCAUUUUCGAAAAACUGUUGAAGUAGGAAACCCAAACGACGCUCGUUUGAAAAGGGAAAAACGAUUAACUAACACAGUUGCUGGGAUUCUUUUAAUUUUGGUAUUGACCUACUUCCCAGCGCUUCUUGUCCCAUUUGUUUUGUCUGCGAAAGGACUCUAUAAGAAUUCUCUGCUUUUUAAGCCUUUCUACGCUGUUUUCAUCCAAUUAAAUGGAGUUUUAAAUCCUUUGUUAAACCUCGGUCGUUCUAGAAAUAUGCGCAAAGCUGUUAGAGGCUUGUUUAAAUGCUCUUCCCAAGCGCAGCCAUCAUCAGCUGUCAACAACAACAACAACAACAACAACAACAACAAC